AUGGCGCCAAAGGGCAAGGAAGAAAAGGGCAAGAAGCCCGCCGCUGGCAAGGUGCUCGAUGACAAGACCUUUGGUAUGAAGAACAAGAAGGGAGGAGCGGCCCAGAAGCAAAUUAAGCAGAUUCAGUCGUCCAUGAGCAACAGUGCCGAUGCUCAGAAGAAAAAGGCACAGCAAGAGGCAAAAGCCCGAGAGAAGAAGGCCGCCGAAGAGGCUCGCGCCGAGGCUGCCCUGCUGCUCAACAAGCCGGCGCAAAUACAGAAGGUUCCUUUUGGUGUCGACCCCAAGACUGUUGUAUGCAUAUUCUACAAAAAGGGCGACUGCGAGAAGGGCAAGAAGUGCAAGUUCUCCCACGAUCUUUCCAUUGAGCGCAAGACGGAGAAGAAGAACCUCUACACAGACGGUAGAGCCGAAGAAGAAGAAAAUAAGAAGAAGGAGACGUCCGAUGACUGGGAUGAGGAGAAGCUACGAAAGGUCGUUCUCUCCAAGAAGGGCAAUCAGCAGACUACUACCGACAAGGUUUGCAAGUUCUUCAUCUCGGCCAUUGAGGAUGGCAAGUAUGGUUGGUUCUGGAUAUGCCCGAACGGCGGCGAUCAGUGCAAGUACAAACACGCCUUACCACCUGGCUUCGUCCUCAAGACCAAGGAACAGCGUGCGGCUGAGAAGGCUCUGCUGGACAAGUCUCCUCUGAAGACACUCACACUCGAAGAGUUCUUGGAAUCGGAGAGGCACAAGUUGACUGGUACGCUGACACCAGUGACGCCAGAGUCCUUCGCCAAAUGGAAGAAGGAGCGCAUGGAUAAGAAGGCUGCCGAGGAGCAAGCACGGAAAGCCAAGGAGGCUACUGGUCGUGCACUCUUUGAGAGUGGCGACUGGCGUUUCCAGGAGGAGGAGGAAAGCUCCGAUGAUGACGACAACGACGAUGCCUGGAACCUGGAGAAAAUGCGAAACGAAACGGAGGCCCUGCGCCAGAAGAAGGAGGAGGAGCGAAUGGGUGUUGAUGGAGUCGAAGCAAGCACAGAAGACGCCAACGAUGUCGCAUGA